GAGUGAAUCAAUAUGUCAACAAAACAUGCAACAACAACUCACUUAUUAUGACUUUUAUUUUUAACAAAAAUUUUAGAGAAGUGAAGGAUUAAUUGUUGCAUUCCUCUGGAAGGUUUUGAUUUAUUAUCAUCAAAUAACGCGUGCGAGGCAUGGGUGGGUGUAGCGUGUUAGGUUGUAAAAGAAAUAGUGCACGACCAUACCAUGGAUUAUCUUUUCACUCGUAUCCGACAGAAGAAGAAACUUUAAAAAGAUGGAUAUACGCUACCGGUCGUACAAACUGGGAACCGAGUAAAAAUUCGAGAAUAUGUUCGGCACAUUUCGAAGAGCAUUGCUUUAAUCGAUCAAAAAAAAUUGUUUAUCUAAGACCACAUGCCUGUCCAACUAUAUCGAUACAUACCAAUAUGAAUCUAUUGAAAAGAGAAAUGAUUCCAUCAGAUGAAGAACCACAGCCAAAGAAAAUUAAACAGACAUUGACUGCAAGCAAAAUAGAAAUUGAAAAACUUCAAUUAGUAAAUCAAGAACUUAAAUCAGAAAAUCAAAAACUACAAUCAGAAAUUCAGAAUUUCAAGUUAAAGAUAUUGGCAGAAAACAAACUAGAAAUUCAUAAACUCAAAUUAGAAAAUGCAGCACUUAAAGGAGAAAAUGAAAUAGUUGAAAAUAAGGUGAAUAAGGUGAAAAUUAUUGCAGCAAAACGUUUAAGAACAUUAAAAGCUGUUCGUGAGUCAAAUCGAAGACUGGUAAAAAAAAUGACAACAUCAGUAAAUGCUACGACUACAACUACGACUAAGUUAAAGAGUUCGACAAACAUUGGAACAGAAAAUAAGGAUAUUGUAAGAAGAUAUUUGUACAAAAACAACAGCACGAAUGAAACCGUCCUCUAUACUUACAAGGUACAAGGUGUGUGAAUAAAUGAAGUUCUAUGUA